AUGCCUCUCAAGGGCGACAAAGGCCGUAAUACAACUGGACACAUGGCAUUGACACAAUUUAUCGAAGUCAUGAAGUUCGCUUACCUUCAAUUGUUCGCGCUCCUUGGAGGUCGAAUGGCGCAAGCCAGCCAAAUCUUAGUUCCUGGUUGUGGCUUGGUCGAGCCCGGCAAAGGUGACGACAUUUGUCCAACCGCAUCUCUGUGGAUGGGUCAGUAUGACUUGAUUACAUUAGAAGAUUUCUCCAGCGAUUCGGACGUUGAAGGAACUUCCUUUGUUGGCGGCAACAUAAUCUCCUCUCAAUCGGCAAACUUCGCCAUCCAUAUGACUAGCCUCGACCCGAAGCUGCCGGGACUAGAAGUGGCUGGUUCCAUCGCUGACGGAAGUCCUCUCAAUGUCAACCGUGGGAGUCUCGUAAUCGGUACGGGCUCAAUCACGGGAAGCGGGCCUGUUCCGUACAAAGUUGGGAAUCGUCGGAUAAAUGCAAACGCUGGAAAUGAAGGAGCAAAAGUUAGAAAGGAUAUCACCCUCCGAGACAAGGCCGGCCAAAUUGAGCGGGAGUUGAAAAAAUGGUCUAUUGAACUCAACAAUCUUUCAGCCCCCAACACAUACACCCGUCCCACAAAUCAGCAUGGGCCUUUCAUUCUCAACGCAAAGACAAAAGAUAUUAACGGAGUUGCAGUGUUUUGGAUCACAGCCAAUCACUUGUUCGGCAACGACAAAGUUCAACAAGUUGAGCUACGAAACGACGUGAACGCUGCAAUGGUCGUCAUCAAUGUUGCAGGCAAAACAAUUAACUGGAAUUCUGGCAACAUGGUUGGUGCUUUCAAUAACAAGUCCGUUCGCGGAACGACGGUCUGGAACUUUUUCGAAGCCGAGAAUAUCGACUUCGGAUCGAAGAACUUUAUGGGGGCAUUGUUGGCUCCCCUAGCACACGUCAAAACUCGAGGCAACAUCGACGGCGCCACAGCCGUUCGUAUGCUGACAAUCAAUGCUGAAGUUCAUCUCCCUACGCUUUCCUCUGUUUGUCCCGACCACGCGGGAGCAAGUGCUCAAAUAUCUCCGACCGUGCCAAUCUCUGACAGCGCACCAAAACAAUUGCCAGCUGCAUCCGUUACCAAAGCUCCUACGCGUGCACCUGUGGUACCUCCAACGCCUGCUCCGGUAGCAACACCUACAGGAGGAAACAGUGGGCAGUGCGUUGCUGAUUGGCAGGAUUGCUCUAAGAGCCCGUCCUGUUGUGGGACUUCAGUCUGUGUCUUUCACAACCAGUGGUAUAGCCAAUGCAAGCCCAAACCUUCAAGCUUUUCUGGGCAAUUCAGUGUAAGCCCGCCGCCUCCACAAACAACAGUGGUGGGCAAUGUGUGGCUCUCUGGGGCGAUUGUUCAAAGAAUCCCUCGUGCUGCGGCAGCAUGGUACAGUCAGUGCAGAAAUUAA